AUUUACUAAAAAAACUAUAAAGCUAUGAACUUUUAAAUAAGAAUUUGCAGAGUUUUUAUUGUAAUUGAAAAAAAGAGAGUUAAUUUUUUUUUUUUUAAAAAAAGGGGGGAUAAAAAGAUGACAUUUGAGGCAGUAGAUCAUAAUCAUAAUCAUAAUGGUGUUGAAACAAAGAAUGUUUUGGUUGGAAUUCGGUUCGAUGAAUAUGGAAUAGAGCUUCUUGAUUGGGCUAUGGUGAAAGUUGCUGAUGCUGGUGAUCGUGUUAUCGCGAUAAAUGUUUGUCGAAAUUCGGAAUCUGUAUCAAAGUAUAAAACUUUGUUGGAUGAUUAUUUGGCUGAUUAUGAAGGUCUUUGUGAUCAGAAACAGGUGGAUCUCACAGGGCAAGUAUUAAGAGGGAAUUCAGUAAGGAAAGUUUUGGUCAGAGAAGCAAAGUUUUAUUCUGCAGCUGCUGUUAUUGUUGGGGUUAGCAAGAUCAAGGCUUUUGGGGGUUGGCUUUCGAUUGCUAAAUAUUGUGCCAAGAAAUUGCCUUUAGCGACCGAAGUUUUGGCUCUCCAUAAUGGGAAAGUUAUCUUCAAGAGGUUUUCUAAUGGCCAACUUUCAGGGUCGAUGAGAGAUCCGAGGCCAAGCUUCUACUUAAUUGGGAACUCGCAUAUGAAAGAAACCCAGUCAGAGUUUUGUGAAUCUGAGAUAUCAGAUAUGGGAAGGCACAGUUCUGAAGAAGUCCAAAGCUUAAAAGAAGAAGAUUUAGGCCCAUUUGAGUUACGAAAAAAAGCUUUGAGCUCGGUUUCUGUGGUAAUAGAAGACUUUGCACAUCAAAGACCCGGCUGGCCUCUACUCCGGGCCAAUAGUGUGCUGACCCCAUCAGCAAUGGAAGCUAGGAAAAUGUCAGUAGUCAAGUGGGUUAUGAACCUGCCAAACCGGUCUACACCUGGUACUCCUAGGACACCUUCUUCAUCUUGCAGUGAAAUUAGCCCGAAGAGUUUGGGUUCUGAUACAAGAUCCGAAUGCAGCAUAUUUACAAACACAAGUAACGAGAGUAACACACCUAAGAGCCAUGAGUUGCCUGAAAUCUUGAAUCUUUUACUCAAAACUAACCCGUCUCGUUGCCAAUGGAUUGGGUUUGAUCUACUUAUUGCCUCAACCACUCACUUUGCAUCAGAGAAUCUGAUUGGAAAAGGUGGUUGUCAUCGUGUAUAUAAAGGGUCAUUUCCUGAUGGAAAGACAGCAGCCGUCAAGAUCAGGAGGUCUUCAAGAGAAGCAUGGAAAGAUUAUAUUCAGGAAAUUGAGAUUAUGACUUCAAUAGAUCACAAGAAUAUCACACCUCUUUUAGGGGUUUGUGUUGAGGACGAUAACUUGAUCUCUGUUUACGAUCUUGUGCCUAGAGGAAGUCUAGAGGACAACUUACAUGGUGUAAUGAAGGAUAAAUCUGUUUUAUCAUGGGAAGUGAGAUUGAAUAUAGCCAUCGGAGUUGCUGAAGCUUUAAAUUAUUUGCAUAAAGAGUGUCCAAGGCCAGUGAUUCACCGUGACGUUAAGUCUUCAAACAUUCUUCUCUCCGACAAAUUUGAACCACAGUUAUCAGAUUUUGGGCUUGCGAUAUGGGGACCCACAACCUUGCCAUUCCUAAGCCAUAGUGAUGUUGUCGGAACAUUUGGGUAUCUGGCUCCCGAAUAUUUUAUGUAUGGAAAAGUUAGUGAAAAGAUGGAUGUUUACUCUUUCGGUGUUGUUCUCCUGGAACUUUUGACUAGAAAAAGACCUAUAAGUUCAGAUCCCGUUAAAGGCGAAGAUAGUUUAGUUAUGUGGGCAAAACCAAAGCUAGAAAAAGGCGAUCUAGCAAGCAUCUUGGAUGUGGAUCUAGACAAAGAAGCCGAUAAAGAUCAAAUAGUUCGAAUGGCUCUAGCAGCAACACUUUGUCUCACACGUUCAGCUAGAAGGCGUCCUACGAUGAGCCAGGUAUUAAAAGUACUACAAGGGGAACACGAUUUGGAUGAGAGGGCAACUCAAAAUGAUUCAGAAGUGUCAUGUAUUAAUGAGGAGGACGACGAUGAUGAUGAAGUUUAUCCGGAAUCAAAUGCAGAGUCUCACUUGAGUCUUGCAUUUCUUGACAUUGAAGAUAAGUCCACGUCUUUUAGUAGUGUGGAUGUAAACCAACAUUCCCGUCUUUCAUUAGAAGGAUACUUGAGGGGAAGAUGGAGCAGAUCUUCAAGUUUAGAUUAGCUUGGUUUUUGUUUUGUGAUCUCAUAUAUGGAAAAUUCUCAAGGUUUUUGGUGGAAAUGUAAUUAGUGAUGUAUAGUUGAGAAUGUACAAGAGUGAAAAACUUGCACCCUUUUAUGAGGUGGUGUGUUUUAACAAAUUGAGAUAUAAACUUGAAUAGGUUUCUAUCAAAUUGAGAUAAAAACUCUGUUCACAAAGGAAA